GCUGCUAGGGUUCUUCCAAACGGGUUGGUAUUUGCUGUUGCAUCUCCGGAACCUUCCGGUCCAUUGUGAAGCACUUGCUGUCUAUUUUCUCGUCCCGUAUAAAACGCAAACGCAACACGCCACCCUUGUUUAUUUGAUUUUGUAAGAUGCUAUUUCUCUCUUUUCAAACUCUGCAACUGCAAAUUCGAAACGGAAAACAAUCACAAGGUUCAUUGAUGUAUGUAUAGGAAGCAUCACAACCCAUAUACAAAAACAAUAAUCCAUAUAAUCUGCCCCGAUUUUUUUUUCCUUAAAAUUUGCCUCCCAUUCUAUAUAUCCAUUCCUCUCUCGCUCGUAGUUCAUAGAGGUCACCAUGGACGAGCAGGACAAUCAAAACCAAGUUCCUCCGCCUCCCCCAGUUGCAGAUUCUCUGUCUCAACCUCAACCGCAGGAAGGGGCGGGGGAGGAAGAAGACGCGUCCAAGAAGGAGGAGGACGAGUUGGUUUCGAAGGCUCUAAGCUUGAUGGAGAAGAUCACUUCUGCGCCUGAUAACCCUAAACCUACUGUGCUUCAUGCCCUUGCCUCCAUUCUUGAAACCCAAGAGUUCCGAUACAUGGAAGAGAAUGGUCAUUCCUCCUCCAGUAAUGCCCGUGCCUCUCAUAAUGUUGGGCGCCUUGGGAGCUUACUCAGGGAAAAUGAUGAAUUCUUUGAGUUGAUAUCGACUAAGUUUCUGUCAGAUACAAGAUACACUACUUCCAUUUGGGCUGCUGCUGCUAGGCUUCUUCUGAGCUGUUCAUUGACUUGGAUUUAUCCUCAUUAUUUUGAAGAUCCUGUACUGCAUAACAUUAAAGAGUGGGUCAUGGAUGAGAAUAUUAGAUCUUCUGUGGAAGAACAGAGCCUGAAGCAUAACCCAGGGCCAAGGGAAGCCUCAGAUUCUGAAAUGUUGAAAACCUAUUCAACUGGACUCCUUGCAGUGUGUUUGGAAGGUGGAGGUUCAGUAGUGGAAGAUGUAUUGACGUCUGGCUUGUCAGCCAAGCUUAUGCGUUAUCUUCGUUUUCGUGCGCUGGGGGAAACAAGUAGCAGCCAGAAAGAUACUGGUCAUUUAACUGAGAUUAGGCAUGCUUCUAUAAAUACUUCAACAAGAGGUAGAGAUGAUGGUCGUGGUAGAUUUCGUCAGGCCCUAGAAUCAAGUCAUUUAGAUGAUACAAGGAUGGCAGAUGAGAGGGCCUUAGAUGACCGUACUCUUGAAAGGGAUCAAGAUAGAGGCAUUACUGUACAAACUUGCCAAGAAGAGUCUUGGGUUGAUGGUGAGCUGCCUGAUGGGUUGGGUGAAGGUGCUGGUACUGAUGGGGAUGAUAGAUGGCAUGGUAGAGAUGCACGUGAUGGAAGGAUAAAAUUUGGUGAUCAUGAUGACAAUACAAGAGAUGACUCUUCACGGCGGCGUGUAAACCGUGGAUGGGUUAGAUCCAGAGGAAAGGGAAGGUUUGGUGAUGGGACUGUAGAAAGCGAACCAAUUUUGUCGUCUCCAGGCUCUGUUAAUCAAUCAGGACAGGGAAGGAACGUCAAAGAUAGGAACACAAUAAGGAAUGCUGAUGCUAGAAGGGUGGCUGAUUCCAGGAAGACCCUUGCCAGGAUCGCUUCUGAAACUUCUGCUUUGGAGAGAGAGGAUAAUGAUGAUUGUUUUCAGGGUUGCCAUAUUGGAAGCAAAGAUAUUUUGGAUCUUGUUAGGAAAGCAGUCCGAGCAGCAGAAGCUGAAGCCCGAGCUGCCAAUGCACCAGAAGAAGCUGUAAAAGCAGCUGGUGAUGCUGCUGCUGAACUUGUUAAAACUGCAGCUUCAGAAGAACUUAAUUCCACUAAUGAUGAAGAAGCUGCUGUUUUGGCUGCUUCCAGAGCUGCAUCAACUGUUAUCGAUGCUGCAUCUGCAAUUGAAGUUUCAAGGAAUUCCAGCAUCAAUUCUGAAACAGAGAAUGCCUGUAGCAGAGAAACUGAAUCUGGCGAGGAGCAUGAGGAUUACUUCAUCCCAGACAGUCAAUCACUUGCAUUGCUGAGGGAAAAAUAUUGCAUUCAGUGCCUUGAAACGCUUGGAGCAUAUGUUGAAGUUCUCGGACCUGUAUUACAUGAGAAGGGGGUAGAUGUGUGUCUUACACUUCUGCAUCAGAAUUCUAAACAUCGAGAAGCAUCAAAGAUUGCCCUGCUGCUGCCUGAUAUCAUGAAACUGAUCUGUUCUUUGGCUACUCAUAGGAAAUUUGCUGCACUUUUUGUGGACCGUGGGGGCAUGCAAAAAUUGCUUGCUGUCCCUAGAAUGGCUCAAACUUUCUUUGGCCUCUCUUCCUGCCUAUUUGCCAUUGGUUCUUUGCAGGGAAUCAUGGAACGGGUCUGUGCUCUUCCACCAGACGUUGUCUAUCAUGUGGUUGAAUUGGCACUCCAACUACUUGAGUGCUCCCAAGACCAGGCACGGAAGAAUGCAGCAUUGUUUUUUGGUGUUGCAUUUGUCUUUAGAGCAGUUCUUGAUGCUUUUGAUGCCCAGGAUGGAUUACAGAAGUUACUGGGCCUUCUAAAUGAUGCUGCUUCUGUAAGAUCAGGUGUAAAUUCUGGGGCCUUGGGCCUCUCAGGCGGGGGAUCACUUCGAAAUGACCGAUCACCUGCAGAAGUACUGACAUCAUCUGAGAAGCAGAUAGCUUUUCACACUUGUGCUGCUUUGAGGCAAUAUUUUAGAGCGCAUCUUCUUUUGCUGGUGGAUUCCAUUCGCCCAAACAAAAGCAGUCGCAGUGCUGCUAGGAAUAUUCCAAGCGCAAGAGCAGCAUACAAGCCACUGGACAUUAGUAGUGAGGCAAUUGAUGCAGUAUUCGUGCAGUUACAGAAAGAUCGGAAGCUAGGCCCUGCAUUUGUUAGAACACGUUGGCUUGCAGUUGAGAAGUUCUUGGCAUGUAAUGGGCAUGUUACGAUGUUGGAGUUGUGUCAGGCUCCACCUGUGGAACGAUAUUUGCAUGAUUUGCUUCAAUAUGCAUUGGGUGUCCUGCAUAUUGUUACACUGGUACCCAGCAGCCGCAAGAUGAUUGUAAGUGCAACGUUAAGCAAUAAUCGUGUUGGCGUAGCAGUCAUUUUGGAUGCAGCAAACGUUGCUACUAGUCAUGUGGCCCCUGAGAUUAUUCAGCCUGCAUUGAGUGUGUUAGUCAAUCUUGUUUGUCCUCCGCCUUCAAUCAGCAAUAAGCCAUCUCUAAUUGCACAAGGUCAGCAGCCAGCUUCUACCCAGACUGCAAACGGUCCUCCUACAGAGACUAGAGAUAGAAACAAUGAGCGUAAUAUCUCAGAUCGAGCUGUUCACAUUUCUAACCAGGCUGAUCAGAGGGAGCGGAAUGGAGAAUCUGGUCUUACAGAUCGAGGCUGUGCUGCCUCAGCUACUACACAGAUUGUUAACAGCACUCCACAAACUCCUGGUGCUACUGCAACUUCAGGAUUGGUUGGAGACCGUAGAAUAUCUCUGGGUGCUGGAGCAGGUUGUGCUGGCCUGGCUGCCCAACUGGAACAAGGAUAUCGUCAAGCAAGAGAGGCUGUCCGCUCUAAUAAUGGAAUAAAAGUCCUGCUGCAUCUCCUACAACCACGUAUAUAUUCACCUCCUGCUGCUCUAGACUGCCUUCGUGCUCUAGCAUGUCGAGUCCUUCUUGGUUUAGCCAGAGAUGAUACUAUUGCACAUAUAUUGACGAAGCUUCAGGUAGGGAAAAAGCUGUCUGAACUGAUAAGAGAUUCAGGCAGUCAGACACCUGGAACAGAACAGGGAAGAUGGCAAGCUGAACUUUCCCAGGCUGCAAUUGAGCUAAUUGGGAUUGUGACCAACUCAGGUCGUGCAAGUACGUUAGCAGCUACUGAUGCAGCUACUCCUACAUUAAGGCGCAUUGAAAGAGCAGCAAUAGCUGCUGCCACUCCUAUUACUUACCAUUCUAGGGAGCUUUUGCUCCUAAUUCAUGAGCACCUACAAGCAUCUGGGUUGUCACAAACUGCAUCUACAUUGCUUAAAGAGGCUCAGUUGAAUCCUUUGCCAUCAUUGGUUGCUCCAUCAUCUCUUGCACAAGCAGCCACCUCACAGGAAGCUACUUCAAUGCAACUUCAGUGGCCCUCUGGUCGGACUCCUUCUGGAUUUCUUACUAGCAAAUUAAAGCACAAUGCAAAGGAUGAGGAUUCCAGCAUGAAGUCUGGUUCCACCAUCUCUUCCAAGAAAAAAACACUGACUUUCUCAUCUUCUUUUGGCCUACAUUCAAGACAUCAAUCUGUUGAUUCUCAGCAGUCACAAGUACGAAAGGGAUUGACUACUGGGAAGGAGUCUUCUGAAUCUUCGAGUUCAUUAGAGAUUCCAUCAGAACCUUCAAUUAAACAUAACAUUGAUGCAGAGUCUCUGUAUAAGACCCCGAUCAUCUUGCCUAUGAAACGCAAGUUGUCCGAUUUGAAGGAUAUAGGAGUAUUGUCAUCAUCUGGAAAGAGACUCAAUGCUGGGGAUCAAGGGCUUCGAUCGCCAAUUUUUCCAACUCCUGGUACAACCCGGAAAAGCAGCCUGCAGAAUGAUGCUGUUGGGUUAACUCCAAGUUCCACCUUGAGAAGUCAACAAGGACGUUACACAGGUGAGUAUGUGGAUGAAGGUCAAUUAAACAGCUCGAAUCUUGGUCAACUGACACCAUCCUCCCAAAUAUCAGGUGACCUUCAGCCCAACAAUCAAGAGCGUUUAACAUUAGACUCUCUAGUGGUUCAGUAUUUAAAGCAUCAGCAUCGCCAAUGCCCAGCUCCUAUUACCACACUUCCUCCGCUAUCUCUUUUGCACCCACAUGUUUGUCCUGAACCAAAGCGAAGCCUUGAUGCUCCAUCUAAUGUAACAGCUCGGCUUGCUACACGUGAAUUUAAACAUACCUAUGGUGGAGUGCUUGGGAAUCGAAGGGACCGGCAAUUUGUUUAUAGCAGGUUUAGGCCAUGGCGUACAUGUCGGGAUUCUAUUAGUGUCUUAUUGACAUGCAUUACUUUUAUUGGGGACUCUUCUCGUAUUGCUGUUGGGGUCCACAAUGGAGAACUCAAAACAUUCGACUCCAACAACAGUAAUGUGGUGGAGACCUUUGGAUCUCAUCAGUCUCCUUUAACACUUGUCCAAUCUUUUGUUUCGGGAGAGACUCAACUGUUGCUUUCUUCAAGCUCCCAAGAAGUGAGGCUGUGGGAUGCAUCAGCGGUGUCAAUGGGCCCUACCCAUUCAUUUGAUGGGUGCAAGGCUGCCAGGUUUAGCAAUAAUGGCAAUGUUUUUGCUGCCUUGUCAUCAGAACCUGUUCGACGGGAAAUCCUCUUGUAUGAUAUUCAAACUGCUCAAUUAGAGUCAAAGCUGUCGGAUACAUUUGCCAGUUCAACAGGCAGGGGUCAUGUUUAUUCCUUGAUACAUUUUAGCCCUUCUGACUCAAUGCUGCUUUGGAAUGGCGUCUUAUGGGAUCGGCGGGCCUCUGGGCCUGUUCAUCGCUUUGAUCAGUUCACAGACUAUGGGGGUGGAGGCUUUCAUCCUGCUGGAAAUGAGGUUAUUAUAAACUCAGAAGUCUGGGAUUUGCGUAAAUUCAGACUGCUACGAAGUGUGCCUUCAUUAGAUCAAACGGCAAUAACAUUCAAUGGACGUGGCGACGUAAUUUAUGCAAUCCUAAGGCGAAAUAUUGAGGAUGUAAUGUCAGCUGUCCACACACGUCGAGUCAAGCAUCCUCUUUUUUCAGCUUUCCGCACUGUGGAUGCAGUCAAUUAUUCUGAUAUUGCCACUAUUCCACUGGAUCGCUGCGUGCUUGAUUUUGCAACUGAGCCAACUGAUUCAUCUGUUGGGCUGAUUACAAUGGAUGAUCAAGAUGAGAUGUCUGCAUCUGCCAGGAUAUAUGAAAUUGGCCGUAGGAGGCCAACUGAAGAUGAUUCUGAUCCCGAUGAUGCUGAAAGUGAGGAGGAAGAUGAGGAUGAGGAUGAGGAUGAUGAUGCUGUUGUGGAUCCUUUACUGGGCCCCGGACUUGGUGGGGAAAGUGAGAGUGAUGCUGAUGAUUUGAGCAAUGAAGACGAUGACAGUGUAACAGAUCUUGAUGACGACGACGACGGAGAUUUCAUUAUGGAUGAUUUAGACUUUGAUGGAGGAAAUGGAAUAUUGGAGAUUGUGACAGAUGGCGAUGAGGAUGAUGAUGAUAGUCAAGUACUUGAAUCCUUAAGUAGUGGCGAAGAGGAUUUUAUGGGUAACGGUUUUAGUUAUUAACAGUAUUCUAAAUGGAAAGAUUGGUUCUAGUGGUUUGGGAGGCUGUAUUGUUUAUUUCCCUCUUAAUUAUAUUCAUUUUAGGGCGAUAGAGUUUUCAUUUUUUUUUUCUUCCCUCAAUUUUGAUGUGUUAACUUAGCAGUUACGCCCGGGGCUUAAAACAUUAUAGUAGAUCACGAGAGGCAGCAAUUGUGUAUAGCGCUUUGAAACUACACUUUUCUUGAUCUAGGAAAUGGCAACCUUGCAAUUUUUGGAA